GUAACCAUGAACUUAUCAACUUUCGAUAUCUUCAAUAUAAUAAUACAAACUCUCGGUUUCUCCUACCAGAACCAGAUGAUUAUUAUCACCAUCUUCCCCCAUCCUCUGCAAUUUUCGGUGAUUUAAGAGACGUACACACAACAAACCAAUUCAGUACAUUACCCUCUCUCUCUCUCUCUUCAUCUUUUUCCCAAAAAACCCUAAUUUAACCCCAAAUUUCCUACCAAAAAUGUCCCCUCUAAACCCCAUCCUCGACAACAUCCCCACCACUCCCGGCAAAUUCAAGCCGGAAAAAUCCCCUUUACACUUCCUCCACCACCGUCUCCGCCUCCACACCACCCUCCCCAAACUCACUCUCGUUUUUCUCGCCUUCAUUUUCCUCUUCUUCUUCCUCUCCCCGCCCUCCCCCACCGCCCCCCGCCGCACCCUCCGCUCCACCUCCUGGGAAAACCACGUCAAAUCCUCCGCCAAACCCCGCUCACGCGCCGCCCCCAUCGUCCUCGUCACCGGCGCCGCCGGCUUCGUCGGAUCUCACGCCGCCGUCGCCCUUAAACGCCGAGGAAACGGCGUCGUUGGACUCGAUAAUUUUAAUCCGUAUUAUGACGUCAGUUUAAAAAAAGCGCGAAAAUUACAGUUGUUAGAUCGUGCUGGUGUGUUUAUUGUGGAAGGCGAUAUAAACGACGCCGUUUUGCUUAGGAAAUUGUUUGGUUUAGUGAAGUUUAGUCACGUGCUUCAUCUCGCUGCACAGGCGGGUGUACGGUACGCUAUGGUGAACCCUAAUUCGUAUGUUGAGAGUAACGUGGAUGGGUUUGUGAACUUGUUAGAGGUUGCGAAAUCGGUUAAUCCGCAGCCGGUGAUCGUGUGGGCGUCGUCGAGUUCGGUUUACGGGUUGAAUUCGAAGGUGCCGUUUUCGGAGAAGGACAGGACGGAUCAGCCAGCGAGUCUUUACGCGGCUACGAAGAAAGCGGGUGAGGAGAUUGCGCAUAGUUAUAAUCAUAUUUACGGGUUAUCGAUUACUGGGUUGCGGUUUUUUACCGUUUAUGGACCGUGGGGGAGGCCGGAUAUGGCGUAUUUCUUUUUUACGAGGGAUAUAUUAAAGAGGAGACCGAUUUCGAUAUAUGAAGGGGCGGGGCAUGUGACUGUGGCUCGGGAUUUUACCUACAUUGAUGACGUUGUGAAAGGGUGUUUAGCGGCGAUUGAUACUGCGAAGAAGAGUACGGGGAGUGGUGGGAAGAAGAAAGGGGAAGCGCAGUUUAGGAUUAUUAAUUUGGGGAAUACUUCGCCUGUUUCGGUUAAUAAGUUGGUUAGUAUAUUGGAGAAGUUGUUGAAGGUGAAAGCGAAGAAGAAGGUUGUGUUGAUGCCGAGGAAUGGGGAUGUGCCGUUUACGCAUGCGAAUGUUACGCUGGCGAGGAAGGAGCUUGGGUAUAGGCCGACGACGGAUUUGGAAACGGGGUUGGGGAAGUUUGUUAAGUGGUAUCUUGAGUUUUAUGAUGGGAAGAAGAAGAGUUCUUGGUGAGGUGGUAACAGGUUAAAGUAUGGAUCCUUUAUUUGAUUAUGAUCUUUCAUGGUGUUUGGUUUGUAUGCAUUCUUUUAGGGGAUGUGUUAAGACUUAGAACAGUUUAUGGAAGAUUCUAGAUGUACAGUCUGGUGACUAAUUGGAUGAUCUAGAUUUAGAAUGCUUUAAAUAAUUUAGGUUUUAAAGUUUAUUUUCUUAAGGUUUUGGUGUUAAGUUGUUUGACUGAACUUGUUGUCUUUAUAUGUUUUUGUUUGGUUGGUUGCAUGAUGAUUCUUUGUUUAGUUUA